UCCUAAGCAUGGCCGCUUGCCAUCCAACGCCGGCGAUUCAACAUUUGCAGCCACAGGAAUCGCCUCAGCUUGGCCUUGGACCUAUGAACGCUGCCGGUAGCCAAGGUCAGAAGCCGAUCCACCAACCACACUACUCGCCCCAUUUGCUCAAUUGGGUGUACCUGGCAAUCGCCGAUCAGAAUUCUGCUCAAACACGAGAUCAGAGCAAACUUUUCCCGACGAUAUGGAGUGGUUUUUCAACGGCUACGUCGCAAACUCAUACGCAUCGUAGCGCACUUGAUCCUUGUUGCGCGAUAGGAAGCAACUUUGCGGAUAAUAUCGGCGAGCUUGCGGAUCGUUUCAGAGAAAUGGGGCUACUAGAUAGAAAACCAACCAAAAGGCCACCACCUAGUUACCUCUGUCACCUAUGCUUCAAGAAAGGUCAUUACAUCAAAGACUGUCCGCAGGCACGUCCAAAAGGCGAGGGUUUGACACCGUACCAAGGAAAGAAACGAUGCUUUGGAGAGUACAAAUGUCCCAAAUGCAAGCGUAAAUGGAUGUCGGGGAACAGUUGGGCUAAUAUGGGCCAAGAGUGCAUCAAAUGUCAUAUAAACGUUUAUCCUCAUAAACAGAGACCAUUAGAGAAGCCAGACGGAUUGGACGUAUCCGACCAGAGUAAAGUUCAUCCGCAACACCUUUGUCAGAAAUGUAAAACACUCGGAUACUAUUGCCGAAGGGACCAGUAGCAAACCAAAAACAACAUUGUGGUGAUAAUUAGAUUGAGGAUUUUUAUACAUUUAUGAGAAAUUCGAAGGCGCAAGAAUGCACGAAAUGAGUAUAAUAUGCAAAAAUAUAUAAAGUAUCCAAAAUACUUUCUAUAGUAUCUAGUAGGUAAUACAAUUUUCUACUUAAAUUUCAUCUUGUUGAUUAUAUUCAUAGAAAUAUAACUUUGUAUAAAUAUCCGCAGUCUAACGAUAAUGCAUUGGGACUAAACAAUUUUAACAAAUUUCGGACCAAUUGCGUAAAAAUAUAACUAUUUAUCUCUAAUUACCUAUGCGGUCGACAAAAAUUGUAAAUUUUAAUCGUUAGUCGAUCUUACGACUUGCAUCCGACUUUUUACUCGAUCUACGCGGUGUAAUUCCCAUGUAUAAAUUUUAGCCUUCCACUAAUUUUAUAAUUGCUCUAUAUCUCCACAUUUGGUAUAUCGAACGUCUGCUGUACACCAAAUACUAAUUUUAUACGAAAUUCUCUUUUAAUGAAAAAUAAUAAACCUAAGCUAUGUACCAUCGCAUCGCCACGAUAAAUGAUACUAAAAACAUGAAAGCGUUAAAAUGUCUUUGAUCUUGUAUUUUUCUAUACAAUCAUGUACAACAGAGAGACAUAAACAUGUGAAAAAUGGACAAAUAUUUAAAAAUAAGUUGAAUAUCUAGGUUGCUUGUGCAGAAUAAAAAAACGUAAAGUGAACAGGCAUCCGAGAGGACCGAAAUCAACGACAGUUACGAAUAUUCUAGAAUCUAGAAUCUAGAACGAUUGUGUCUCCAACUAAUUAUAGCUGCUUCACGUUCAGAAUUAUACGAUAAUUUACUCGCAUACAUGCGUCAUCAACGCGUACGUUCAAGUAAAAGACCUACAUAUAAACAUGUGUGUGCUACACUAAUGUCGAAGAAAUUGAAAGGAUAAAGGGAAGAAAAUCCAAGGAAAAUGUUGAUUUAUACCUCGUUUACGAAACUGUUUCUAAAUCUGUCUCGACGCUGAACGUGCGCGUACAUACACGUAUCUAUAAGUCUGCGAAAUAAGAAACAUGGAUAUAUAGGUUUCUCCUAUAUUUAAAAAGUCAAGCAGCACGGCUGCUUCGAAUAUUAUUUAACGCAUUUCUCAAUUACAUUGUCUACUUGAGUCAAGCGUUGGGGUAGCGUUGGGGUGUAAGUUUACCUCGUAAAAUAUUUCUUGUAACUGUGUCUCAAACAUGUUACAAAGCUUACAGAAAUUCAUAUAUCAUAAUCAAGAUAUAACAAGUAUGUACAAAGUGAUUAUUCGUAAUCGAACCACGGAAAUCACAAUCGUGUCAGGUAGUGACACGCGAAAUUGGUUCGAACCUUGACCCCAGAUAUCUCAGAUUUUACAUAUUCAUAUGUACAUACAUAAAAUGUAAAGGAAUGGAAAAAAGAUGUAAAUCAAGAAGGAUGAAUCCUCGUCUUGCAAACAGUACGUAUCGAUGCAUACAUGACGGGCUGAAAACCAUAUCAGUGUAGGUCAAGAUUUCGGGAAUUUGGAUUUAGCCAAGUAUCGAAACUCUUGAAAGUAUCAUCCCAUCAAUUAUCAUAAAAGAUUCAAGAAAAAAUCUUUUUUGUUAGGGUACGUUUCAAUAUUUAUUUUAAUAAUUUUAAUUAAAAUAUAAUAUACUUUGAUUAGAAAAAUGUAGUGAAAUUGUUAUGAUAAUAAACACAGAACGCUAUGGAUAAAGCAGUGGAUUGAUCUAAACCUCUAUGAUUUUCAGCCCUCCAAGUAUCGAGAUACAAGCAGUAGAUUAAUUUGUAAUUAUUUUCGUACAGUUGCAAGAAUUUUAACUGAUUUACCACCACUCGUUCGUCUAGAAACAGUUUAUAAUAAUAUUAUUAACGAUAUCGUAAUGCGCGUCGUAUUCCGGUAUAUCAAUACAUAAUGAUACAUUGGUUAAAAGAACUAAACGUUCAUAAAGAUGAUUAUGAAGAUAACGAAAUUUCACGAAAUACGAUAUCGCAUCACACACAUUAUUAUUAUUUAUGUAUAUAUACGUAUAAUGUAUACAAUGUUUAUGUAUACGUAUAUAUUAAUAAUAAUAUCAAAUGCAUCAUUAUAUAUUAUUAUUAAUAUAUCGUAAUGUAAAAUAUACAAGAAACCAAAGGUUCAUCUA